AUGGUCCGUGUCCGGAAAGAGAAAGGCGCGUCUGCCUCGUCUGCUUCGUCAUCCAAACGUCCAGGAAAAGCAGGGAGUGGUUUGGAAAAGCAGGUGUUAGCAUUGGGUGGAACGAGAGCUGACUUGGAUCUCGUCAAAAAUGUAAAGGAUGCUGCAGGUGGGGAAGUGAACACCGAUCCUGCUCUCUCGCACGAUGUGUCCAAGUUUCUCAAGGAGCUGAAUUUGGGUAAAACGAACAACCCGGCCACAAAAUCUAAAAAACAGAAAAAGGCGGCAACAUCGACGGCAUCUGUGAAGAAUUCGGAACCAGCACCUCACUCAGAAUCCCCCAAACAGUCCAAAGAGAAGGGAAAAGCCUCUAAGAGCGCAAAACCAGCUGUGGAAGGGAAGAAGUCAUCCAAAAAGAAAGGAAAUGGGCCGCCGACGCCGAAAGUGCAACCUGAACCGACAGUACCCGAACCUCCCAGCGUUCAGCUUCCAACCAAGGUUACACUCGAUCCAAAAUCUCGUUUCGUGGUCUCUCCUUCUGCCGAAUGGUAUUCCUCCCUCCCCCCAUUACCUCCUUCACCAGCGUCGUUGCCUGCGCCAUCUGCCACCCAAGUGUCCUCACUUACAACGCGGGCAGCUCAGCUUCAUGAGUCCGACAUCAAAGUCUUCCAGACAUCGUCAUCUUCUAAUUCUUCUGCCUCCGAAGCCAACUUUCUCUCCAAAAUAAUUCAGUCUGGCACUCUGUCCGAUAGACUGAGUGCAUUGACGCUCCUGGUUCAGAGUAGUCCCCUGCACAACAUCAAGGCGCUCGAAACCUUGAAGGGAAUGGCCGAGCGGGGCAAGGGCAAGGGUGGACGGGACGAAUCGUUGAAGGCUUUACGAUGUAUCUCGGAUUGGUGGGUUGGUGGUGGUGCGCCCAGUCGCAAACUCAAAUAUUUCCGAGACCAACCGUUAGGACAUCCUGGCGUCACCGAUCAACACCUUUUACUGUGGUACUUCGAAGAUUGGCUCAAGAAAUAUUUCUUCUCCAUCCUGCAGAUACUCGAGACCCUUUCACUCGAUCCGCUCCCAUAUGUGCGGACGCAAUCCAUUACCUUACUUUGCACUUUGCUGCGGGAAAAACCCGAACAAGAACAGAAUCUGCUGCGCCUUCUCGUCAAUAAACUAGGAGACACCGAGAAGUCUAUAUGUUCUCGAGCAUCCUACCUCAUCCUUCAAUUACUGCAAACCCAUCCAGCCAUGAAGCUCAUUGUUGUCCGGGAGAUCGUUGCUCUCGUUCUGCGCCCUUCUGCUUCCCGCCCACCGACCUCAUCGGCCCCGACUCCCAAACACAUCCGAUUCACGGACGAUGACAAGCCGAAGUCGAAAGCAAAGCCAGAGGAGAAAAAAGUGGCCGGAAAUGCACAUGCACGAUAUUACGCGACCAUCACGUUCAACCAGAUUGUACUUGCUCCUGGAGACCGAGAGGUUGCUUUGCAGCUGAUCGACGUAUAUUUUGUGCUGUUCAAGGAACUUCUGGGCGAAGGAAAUUCCGAUGAAGACGAGAAUAAGGAGGAUGACAAGCACGAGAAAGACGAGGGAGAAACUGUAUCGGCGGACAAGGCUGGACGAAUCCGGGACAAAAAGAAAGGGAAAGGGAAGGGAAAAGGCAAAGUUGUGGAGACUCGUGGAGCAGCAGGUUUCGCAGAAGUAGAGGAUGCACACUCGAAACUCAUCUCGGCCAUUCUGACGGGCGUCAACCGGGCCUUGCCAUAUGCUAAGAUCGUGGCCAGUGAUGCUGGGAUAAACAAGCACAUCGACACCUUGUUCUUGAUAACCCAUACCUCGACCUUCAACAUCUCCCUCCAAGCGCUGGUUUUGAUCCAACAAAUCUCCGCUUCUCUUUCCGCUUCCGCGCCAUCUACAGCUUCAUCAUCGUCUGCCCCAACAUCGAAAUCUAUAACUGAUCGCUACUACCGAACGCUCUACUCCUCUCUACAUGACUCGCGUUUGGCUUCGUCUUCAAAGCAGGCAAUGUAUCUCAACCUGCUAUUCAAGUCCAUCAAGGCAGACGCUGACAACAUCGACCGAGUCAAAGCUAUGAUCCGUCGGUUUGUUCAAGUGCUGGUUAGUGGAGGUAACGGUGCGACGGAGUUUGUCGCAGGCGGACUAUUCCUUCUCGGAGAACUUUUUAGUAGUAUACCUGGGCUACGCGGUAUGCUGAGUGGUGCCAGUCAAGAGGGCGAAGAAUAUGAUCCUCGCAAACGCGAUCCUCAAUACGCUCAUGCAUCUGCUUCUCCAUUAUGGGAACUCACACCUCUGCUCAACCACUACCACCCAGCCAUCUCACUGCACGCCCGCCAGCUCAUGGCCGGCCAACCCCUCACUGCUAGCGCCGAUCUCUCCCUGAACACAAUUUCGCACUUCCUUGAUCGAUUCGUCUAUAAAAACCCCAAGAAAAUCAAGAAUAACAAUGCGAACGUCGUGAUUGGAAAGGGCAAAGGGUCCAGUGCCAUGCAGCCUGCGGCGAGUGGGCUGGAAGGCGUCAAAUUGCUCAAGGGCGAGAUGGCCGAUAUGGAGGACCGGAUGAACGACAGUGCUUUCCUGAAGAAGAAGGAAUCAGACAUUCCUGUUGAUCAGAUGGUGCAGAUUUUCUUUCACCGUUUCUUCUCCCGCAAGAACGAGAAAGAGAGGAACGCCAAGUCAGCUAAACCCGAGAACGAUGAAUCGCAAGCAGAGGACUCAGGGAGUGCCUCGGAUGAAGACGAAAGUGGUGAUGAAGAGAUGGAUCUCACCGGAGAUGAGGCGAAAAAUGCUGGAGAAUCCGAUGAAGAGGAUCAAGGCAGUGAUUUGGACGAGGAUGAGAUUUGGAAGGCCAUGAAAGCCAGCAUGCCAGCUGCAGAGGGAGACGAAGACCUGAUGGACGAUGAUAGCGAUGGUAUUCCUUCGAAUAUAGACUCAGAAGAAGAAGAAAACGACGACGACGACGACGACGACGAUGGUGAAAACGACGGCUUUUCUCUUGCAGAAGAUUCGGACAACGAGGACCUUGUUCCUCUUAACGAAGAGUUCCCUGGGGGACUGUUAGAAUACGAUGGCUCAGAUGCCGAAGCUGUGGCAGUGGAAGAUGAGGAGGAAGAGUGGGGCGGGAUCAGUGGUGACGCUGUGAAAAAGAGAAAACGGAACGAGUCUUCUGGUGCUAGUCGCAAGAAGCUCAGGUCACUUCCGACAUUCGCGAGUUACGAGGACUAUGCGAAGAUGAUCGAAGAUGGGCCAGAGGAUGAUAUAUGA